AUGGAGAUGAAUGAUAAAGUUGACUUCGUUGAAAAGAAAAGCGAUGAAUUUCGCAGGGUUACCGACAAGCUAGCGUCGUUGGAAGACAUGGUCAGUUCUCUGGCCAAUGAAAUUGCAGGAAGCAGGAAACCUAGAGUUGACAAAAGAGAGCCAAGGAGAAGUAAAAAAGUGCGGAAGCGGAAAGAUUUUAGGAAAAUAGCUUUGGACUCGCAGCAUACACAACUGAGGGUUAGUUCCCUGGAUUUGCUGGCCAAUGUUGUCUCGCAGUUCAAUGGAGGUGGUCCUCAAACAGGCUUGGACUCAAUUUCUAGCAACUCCGCUGAAAACGAUUCGAACUCUCUUAUAUCAGCAACGGAAAGUUGGUCCACCUUCGGUGAGCGAGGGGUUCCUCACACAUCAAUGACAAGCGACUUUGGUGUCAUGUGUUCUUACUCAAUAAUCACCCAAAGGGGCCUGAAGUGGGUUGCAUCUAAGAGCUUGAACUCAGAUAUCGAGAUUCAACACUUAUCGGCGUGGUAUCAUCGAUACAUCAGCGGGCGCAACAAAUUCAAAAUUUUUGAAAGGCACCGAGAACUUCAGCCUCUUCCGAAUAUUGACUGUUUGAAAUAUCUUGUUAAGGUUUUUAAUACGUUCAGCAUCGAUGCCAUUUGUCCCGUGUCGCAGUCGCAAAUCGAAGAAAUUUUACAACUCCACAUUAUGAAUGAGGCCUCUGUCUCGAAGACGCUCACACUUAAUGCCGUCUGUGCUUUGGUCUGCAAUAUGCUUUUGAAUUGUUUGAAAGAUGCUAUAGACGAGAAUGCUCCAAAGCCCCUUCGGGACAGAGACUCAAUUUACGCUCUCGAGCAAGCAUUUGCUUCCAAUUGCCUGAUUCACUACAAUCGAAUCUCCAUGGUACCAGAUGGGACUGACACUCUACAAGCCAUAUUAACUUUUGUCAUCUACACUGAUUACGGAGGUAGUCUCCACGCGUCUUUUAUGAUGGUCACCACCGCUAUUCGCCUUGCUCAAAAUCUGGGCCUGCAUGCCGAGUUCACCUAUGAUGGUAUGGACACUGAAAUGAGAUGCUAUUUACUCAAAGUCUGGGCUAUGUGCCGAGCGUAUGACAUGAAGUUAGCCACCAUUUUAGGAAGCCCGCCAAUCGUUGCAGAAUACGACACCACAUCUGAAUUCCCAAUUUACGAUAAAUGCUUUGAUUUGGUAAGCGAUGUGUAUUUGGGUACAUCUUCCGAUCCCAAAGUGUUUGAUAGCGGUUUUGCAAAUGAACUUUUCAAACUUGUUGUUAAGAUUAGCGGUUUUGCCCCAUUCGCGGGAUUUCAUAUUGUCAGAAUGAGCUACAUUACGGCUAGAAUAUACAAACACCUUUACACUAUGUCCGCAAAUGCUAAAUUGAGCAAACAGCUAUCCAUUGCCAAGCAGCUGUUGACGGAUCUCCACAACUACAGAUUAUCACUUCCUCCCGUCAUGCGACCCUUCAGCCAUCCCUCUGACGAAGACCUAGCUAGUCUUAUAGAGAUCCAAAAUAUACCGAUUGAUAUGUGCCGGCUGCUGAUCAUUACUUUUCAAUAUACGUUUUACAUGAGCUUGAUGCUGGUUCAGAAAUCAAUUUUCAAGAUACAGACUCUUUCACGAACAGGAGGAAAAGUUGAUACUGAGCAACCUUAUGAGAGCGUCUCGACAGCCCGUUCGGCUUUACGCCUAGCGUUACACAUACACGAGUGUAAUAUGACGGGGCUUUACAGCACGUUUCAGUGGUCCAUUACUCUGGCGUUUUUCGACAUAUUUGUCUUCACGCUGUCUAAGCAAGAAAAUGAUAUGGAAUACGAAGAAGAUUUGCGAAUGUUAGCAUGCCUAAAUGCAAAAAUUCCCAGUAAUCAAAAGGCUGGUUCGUCGGAAACAUCGGCGAAUAUGUCGAAUUUUCCUCUAAACCAGCGCCAUUGUUUUUCGGAAAAUAUUCUUUCAAAUUUCAAAUACAUGAUCAACAUCCUUCGAAAUACGUUUGAGGCAAAGUACUGCAAGAAAUUGCGGUUCGACGAGGAUGAAGAGGCUUUCUUGGCUUAUAGUCCCAUGAAAUCGCGCAAUAUGAGCCCUGCUAAUGAGAUGUGGUAG